UCAUAGAGCGGUAUCUUAAGUUCCUCAAAGAGGCAGCAGGGGGAGCAUGCUGGAUCCUUGAGUGGAAGAUGCUGGGUUCUAAGGUAGGUAGGCAGGAGGCUGCAGGCACACAGCAAGCCAGGCAGCAUCAGGAGGUGGGCAAGUCAAUGUUUCAGGUAUAACCCGUCUUCAGGACUUGCUGUGUUCUUCCAGCUUGCUGCUUGUCUACCCGAUUUAUCAAAGUUUGGAGAUGCUAGUGCUGGAUUGGGUGUGCAAAGUUACAAAUCACACAACACCAGGUUAUAGUCCAACAGGUCUAACUGGAAGCACCAGUUUUCGGAGCGCCGCUUCUUCAUCAGGUGGUUGUGGAGUACACAAUUAAUCAAUCAUAUAGAGCAUGUUAUGAAGAAGAAUUGUUCAUGGGUUGCUUCUCCAUCUCUGCAUAGCCCAAGAUAUGGAAUGCCUGGGGACUCUAUUGAAGAGAAGACAUCAAGGACUGAAGCUGUUCAAUAAAAUCCACGCAUACAGGAAGAUGACAGUCAACGCACAAACAAAAGACAGAGGAGGAACGUGGAUUUUGGAACAAAAAGCCAAAAUGACAUCCCAUGCACCCAGACUAUCAUUGAAGAGGACAUUAAGGAAGAAACCUGUGGUUGUCUGCUGUUUCUUCACUGCCCUAUCGAUGGUGGUAAUAAAUACUUACCCAUCUCUCCAUUUUGACGACAAAAUGUCUGACCUUAAUUACCAAGCACCCAGCCAGCUACACGGAAAACUUACUCAGCAAAGAAGACUGUCGAGAAACACUGGCAUCUUCCCCAAGCAAACAAAUAACUUCCACAGAGAUGAGAAAUUACUGCCAAUGGAAAACAGUCAUCUAAAGAGAUGGCAUUCAAAUGUUAAGCCACAUAGCUAUCUGGAGCCACUUAAAGAAUGGUACAGCUUUAGAGAAAUGCAGAAGGCUUUCAACAUGUCAGAACAUCGAAACAAACUUCCACAGAAAAGAUACAAAAAUAGAAAGAUCAUACCACUUCGAACACUAAAUAGCCAGAUACAGGAAAUCAAGGAUGCUGAGCCGCCUCUGAUUCCAGGGCGUCCAUGGAUUAACCCAAUCUGUUAUCAAUCCUCAGUGGACAAGGCCAUUUCACAAGUCCCUAACUCAAGUAGGAACACAACAACCCUGCCUGAAAUAGGUUCAGUUUUGAAUUACUCAAUAGAUAAAAAGGGCAUGAAGUUUCUGCAGACUCAGUGCAAACUCGACAUUCAGAGCAAAUCUAAAAAACGAGUUUUACCUCAAUUUAAAAUUCCAUCAAAUCAGAGCAGAAUACUCAUUCAAAUGGUUAAAGGCAAUGAAUACAAGGGAAUUGGGAAAGGACUGCCCAUUACCACCGAAAGGAUAAAGUACCCAGAUUUUUCUUCGAUAAACUACGGGAAAUCUGAGCAACUGAGUACAUCACAAGUGAGCAAGAGGAUAAUUGAGUCUAAGAUCUGUAACAGUGUUGAAACCAGCCAUCCAGUUUUAGAGGUGGAAGAUAACAUUACAUUUCAGGAUACUCCACCCUGGUUUGACUCAAAUGAUAUUGAAAAGAUGAAACUUUUGGCUCAUGGGUCAGUGGUAGCAAAAGCACGGAUACCAGCUCAUGGGCAAGUCAUCAAAAUAGGUCUGAGCUUACAUUCUCCUGUUGUGAUUGAUGACCUUACAGGGCAUUGUCAAGAGGGAUUGUGUGGGAUAAUAAAACGAUCUAGUGACCUUGAUGAGGUUCUAGCUUUCCAUUUGGACAGGGUGUUGGGUCUAAACCGGAGUCUGCCUGUUGUAGCGCGAAGAUUUAAUGAUGCAUUGCUCCCGUACAAGUUCACAGAUGGAAUGGCUAGGCCAGUUGUUUGGUGGGAUACAGACAUUCACCAUCUGAAUGAUCCCAAUAACGACCAGAAUUCAUUCGAGUUGAGUUGGUUUCAAUACCAGGCAGUGCUGCGGCAACACUGUGGCAUCAAUAAAGCUUCUGAGAAUCACACGGUGCCCUGCCUGGGUGUGAAACACUCCGAAUGGGGCAAGUUAGCUCUGUUUGAUUUUCUCUUGCAGGUCCAUGAUCGCCUGGAUCGACAUUGCUGCGGUUUUAAUCCAGACUUCUCAGAACCCUGUGUAGAAGAUUUGCUGCAUGAGAAAUGCAGGAAUCUUAAGGACCAUCUGCUCGUGCAUAUCCUGGUUCGAAAAGGAAAUCCAUCUCAACUUGUGUACAUAGACAAUGCAGGAAGACUUCUACAGCAUGAAAACAACCUCAACUUCAAAUUGUUGGAAGGCAUUGAUGAGUUUCCUGCAAAUGUCAUCUCAGUUUUACAGUCUGGAUGUUUACAGAAGAGGUUGCUGAGGUCUCUGCACAUGGACACUGAAUUCUGGGGCAGUCACAAUGGGAUAAGAGGCCUGAAGAAGCUGGUUCAGGUCAUAGAGAAGAGGGCUCAACUAUUGCUCAAAUACAUCCAGGAAAAUAAUAUCAAAUUAGUUCAGGAAUAAUGUGAACUCAAUACAAUCGACAGUCAAAAGUAUGAUAUUUAGCUAUCAGUUGUUUGCGACCAGAGAUGGAAAGCCUAAUCUGAAAGACCACAAUGUCUCAUGUUGCAUACAUGAUGAGACUUUUGGAGACAUUAUUAUCACCAGAAAGACAGACAGUUAUCAAUCCAAGUUUGCAGUAAUUUUGCUUUAAUGCAUUCAAACACAUUCACUGUGAAUUCUCUCGGAAAUGCAAUAGCAAGGGACUUGCGCCCUCCUGGUGUUUGUGGUCCCUCACCCUGGCCCGUUCUUAUGGAAAGGGAUGCUUAAAUGUUUCAGGGAGGGGCCAGCUGAGGUGUUGCCUCAGUUGUAGGGUAGGGGGAAGGGAGCAAACAUUGACCAGCUCUCGCAGUCAAAAAUGUUUGCAAAGUUUGUUGCCAGAUUUUAAAUUUAAAUCAACAACCUUCAUCCAAUCCUUGGUUAGAAAACAAAUCAUUUAAACCUUUGUACCCUCUACCUGCCUCUCAAUGCCUAACUCCUGGCCCUCAUCAGUGUAGACUCCAUUCUCUUGUGGCCAGUGUUGCCAGUACAGAAAUGUGAUAAUAUGUACCAUAUAUGUUAAAUAAGAAUGUAAAUAAUUUCUCCUGAUGUUUCAGUUGUACUUCGGUAACUAAACUAAAACUAGUGCAUACACUGAAAUCUGCCAUCAUUACUUGAAAUAAUUAAAAGACCUAUUGGGAAUGCACCUGUAAUUAGUAUUGGUUCUAUUCCGAUCCCCCAGGAAGGCUUAGAAUUGAUGUGUGACCAAGCUAGUAAUUUAAUUUUGACUGAUUUCACUUUUUAUUUCUGGCAUGCCACACCUCAAAAUCACAAAUUUAACAACCAUAUGUCAUAAUGAAACUACAGUUUUCCUUAGAAAUUUAGAUAUGAGCUUUUAAGUUUAAUACACUCUGCAAAGUUGUCCCCUGCACCUAUUAAACUCCAUUUAUAAUAUAGCAGGAUACAGAGUACAAUCCAAUUUUUCUCAAAAAAUAGACUUCUGAAGUGAAAUGAUUCAUGCAAUGUUUCUAUUACAGGAGACAAAGCCACGUGGUCAGAUGCACCCAUUGAACUGGUAUUAAUUUGCAUUUAGGAGUAGGGGAUGCAUCCUAAAUCCCAUUAACCAACAGCUAAACUUUUUCUGAAUCUUUCAGGAUUUGGUUCAUUCGUACCCUAAAGAGAUUACAUUAGGGUGUUGAAUGUAGAAAAUCACACAACACCAGAUUA